GGAGGAGCACAGCUCGCUCGCUCGAGCUCUGGAAGGGAGUGGGCAUCCAGGCGCGGAGCUCUCCAUGCCAGCCCGAGCGGAACCAUGGCCCUAGGGCUAUUCGCGGACUGUGUGUGAGCUUGGCCGUGAGCAUGGCGCCGCGCUGCCCCCCGCUCUUCUCCCUGCUGCUGCUCGGCGGACUCUGGAGGGCGCCGGUCCGGUCCGCACCCCCGCGCGGAGCUCUCGACCCCACAGAAGUGCUGAUUAAAGUCCAGGUCUUUGACAACAGUGACCUAUCACCUCUGAAGGAAGCUGCGGUCCAAGUGUAUGGAAACCAGUCCAUUUUGGCAUCUGGUCUAGCUGGAGAGGAUGGCAUCGUCAGGGUUACCUUUUUGUAUCACCCAGGGACAUGGAUCAUCGUCGCAGCAUCCAAGCAUGGAUUUGUAACGAACUCCGCCCCCUGGCACGCCAGUCGCAUUCCAUUAUAUGCCUCAGUGAGUCUGUACCUGCUCCCUCAGAGGCCGGCCACCCUGCUGCUGUAUGAUGAUGUGGUGCAGCUCCUGCUGGGUUCUCCAGGCUCCAGAAGUCAGCCGUGGGUGCAGCUGCAGAGGAAAGCCAUUCGUCCAGCUCUGAACACCUCCCACAUCACACUCUCCGCCAUGCUCACUUCCACCAGGAGUCAGUACGAGCUCGGGGGGUUCCCUUACCCCUUGGGCCUGGAGGUCAACUCCACAGGCUCAAACGGCAGCUGGGUUGAGCUGACUCCAGUGGCUGCAGUGUGCGCCAGACUCACUGGACCCAACGGCACUGAGGUGGAGGUCUCGGACCCCAUCCACGUAUCUGUUCCCCUUCCCUCAGACUCGCCUCUCAAGACUGCCACCAGUGUACCCGUCUGGAGGUUCGAGGAGCGAGCAGGUCUGUGGGUCAGAAGUGGGACCGGCUACAUUAAGAGCGAUGAUUCUCAGAUGACCUGGAGUUUUGUCGCCCCACAUUUAGGCUACUGGCUUGCAGCUUUCCCAUCAUCAGUGGGCACAGUCCUGAAUCCUUCUGGUCUGAGAGACAUCACCACAUACCACACCAUCUUCCUCCUGACCAUUCUGGGCUCCAUGGCCCUGCUGGUUCUAGUCCUGCUUUGUUUGCUGCUCUACUACUGCAGGAGGAGAUGUCUGAAACCCAGGCAGCAUCAUCGUAAAAUGCACAUGUCCUCCACUCUGGACAGCUCCAAAAGGGACCAAGGUACAUCUACUUCUCAGCUCAACCUCAUAAGCAGUGCACACAUGGAGACGGCCUCUUCCAUCGGAGAUCACGAUGGAGUGAAAUCGGACCUGUCCUCCACACGAGACUUGCACAGUUCACGUGAAGAUUUCUUCAGGCACGGCCCAGGCCCCAAAUCUCGACACCCUAACAAAGGAAGUGUGAACAGCAAGCGUGGCGAGAGCUUCCCUCUGCAGGCCACCCGUUCCACUAACACCAACAACCUGGACCUGCUCUUGCAGGAUGACAUGGCCAGAAGCUACAGCUCGGCCGAAGACUCUAUCGAUCGCAGGCGCAAUCACCACCCCCAUCCCCAUCCCCAUCUCCAUAACGCCAAGGACAACCAAGGUUAUACCUCAGACCCUCCAUCUCCACCACCCUUGCUGCCCGCGUUUGCUGGCCUUUACCACAGCCGAGACAGUAUGCCCCCGGAUUACUCGUCCUCGCAGGCUGCAGAUCACCUGAACACACAGCCUGGACAGCUCAUCUUCUGCCAUUCCAUGGAGCAGAUGAAGGAGAGCAUGUACCGCAGCGUAGUGCCCACCUUGGUCAUCCCUGCGCAUUACAUGCGUCUCUCCUCGGACCUGUCGGCCGUAGAGCAGGCCAUGGAGAGGCAGCAGCAGCUGCAGCAUGAUAUGGAGGGCAUUCAGGUUAGCAUGACUUUACCACGCCAGCAGAGUCAGCAGCAGCAGCAACAACAGCAACAGCAAUCUACCAUGCCACAGAAGGAGGAUGACAAAGCUGAACAGAAAGGGGAACAGACUUCUCAGGAGCAGAACUGGGCUUCUGAAGCUUCUUCCUCAGGCCCUGUCCACAUCCCUGUGCUGUUUGAUGACUCCACCAUGGCCCAGGUCAAUGGGGAGCUAAAGGCCCUCACAGAGAAGAAGCUGCUGGAACUGGGCGUAAAACCACAUCCUCUUGCCUGGUUCGUGUCCCUUGAUGGGCGCUCCAAUUCCCUUGUCCGGCACUCUUACAUUGAGCUGGGCAACGAAGCCUUUAGACCCACUGCCCAGGAGCACCGGGCGGAAACGUACCCUGGAAUUUCUGGGAAGUUGUCACAGAGAAAGGGCAAAGAAGAGAGCAAGAUUAAGGAAGGUGGUGAGAGGAAGGCCCACGGCAAGAUCUACUCCAAGCUUCCCGUUAUUGACACUACAGAUCCCAGUAGUAGCAGUGAAAGCCAUACAGCCACAUACUCGCCAGAGGACAGCUCCAUGGCUCCACUGCUGGAAGAGGCACCGGAAUGUUCUCGGGGAGGAACGUUCCCUCGCCGUGGACGCAGCAGGGACAACAGUGCCUGCAGCAGUGGCACCGAAGUCCACAGAGAUUCGGUGACCAGCCCUGACGAUGAUGACAAUGAUGACAAGGAUGAAGACGGGGAGAAUAAGAAGAGCCCAUGGCAGCGGCGUGAAGAGAGACCACUCAUGGUGUUCAACGUCAAGUAGACUCAAGUAGAUUGUGUCUUUUGAAAACAGAUCUUGGCACUUCGUCUACACCUUCUACAUCGCCCCUCUUGAAUGCUCACUUGCGGUGGAAAGCACAACAAGACAUGGAUGAGGACAUUUUUCCCAAGGACCAAGGGGCUGUUGACCUAGUCGUUUAGAAGUUGGCUAGCAUCAGGACAGGUGAACUGAGUUUAGCAAUGAGAGCCACUUGCCAGUUGGCACCUGGUAGUGGCUAAUUCUCAAAUAAUACUCAAAAAGAAAUCGUCCUGCAGAUGCAUUUAGGAGGAGAAAUCACACAGGAUGUAGACACACACACACAAGUUCACAAAACCAGAGGAUGCCAUAUUUUUUACAGCCUAGUUUAUUAUUUGACAUUUUUAAAUCUUUGCUGUGGCUAAAUUUCACUGUAACCCCAAUCAAGAUGGUGUUUACCCUUCUUCCAGUGACCCCUCCCGCUCACAAGAGCAGGAAUGACUUUGAGCCAUUUUUAAACUGACUUUGGGAAGUAAUCCACAGGCCUUAAAUGAAUUCUCAGCGGAGAGAGAAAGCCUAAUAAGCAAGACAUACAAAUCACAGGGACUUCAAGGAAUCAAGGAAUUAAUUAUGUUUUGUUUGCUUUUCCUAGAGAUGUGGGCUUUAUCCAGGUUAUGGUUUUGUACGACUAACUGGAGCUGGAAGAAUACAGAAAUGCGUGUAUGCAUGUCUAAAUCAUACCUUUCAUGAAAGGGAGUGAAGUAGUUGAUUUGUUUAAUAUGUGCUUACUCAGUUUCAUAUAUGAUUACACUGAAUUUUGCUUUUGGUAGAAGCUGCCCUUUUGAACCUGAUCAACAGCACUUCCUUUUAUUUUUUUAUUUUCGUAACUCUGAUUCUGAUGAGGGUCCAGUUAUUCAAGUCCUGUGAGAUAGACUGAAAUUUAUAGGUUUUGUUUUAAAGAAUGUACAAUUACAUUCUUACAUUUACCUUAUAUUAAUCUAUUCAAACAUACGUUUGUGUCAGAUCCAGGUAAGUAAGCCAUACUACACUGACAUGCCAAAUGGUAAUGGUGAAUGCUUGUGUGACAUCUUUUUGGGGCCAGACUCCACCAGUCACGAUUAUUACCACCGUCUGCUGUGCUGUCUACUGUGGGUAGUAAUGCCUUUUAUGAUGUAUUCCCAGUGUAUCAAGUAAUGUUAAGUGGCCGCAUAACCAGUCUCGCUCAAACUCAGAUAAAUUCCUGUCAUUUUGCCAUAACCACACUGGCCAGUUUUCAGCCUCACUCACAAGAUAACACCUAGUACAGGUUUGGGUGUUCCAAAGCUGUCUCAUAAAGUAACAAUUCAUGAUCAAAAUAUCAAAAAUGUCUUUGGUCUUAUGACUUUUGGCAUCUCUGUGUAUGUCUUACAUUCAUCUCCUCAAACAUAUUGUACGUCCAUGCUGCCUGUGACUGUAUAGUGAUAGAUCCAAGUAAAUGAGCCAUAUAGUUUGAAAUUGCUGUCUAAAUUGUGGACAAUCUUGCAGUCUUUCUUAUCUCUUUUUACUUGAUCAGGAUUGCAGGGGUUUUGGAGAGUCUCAUUACAUUAAUAAAAACAUUCUUAUGUUGACCUUA